AUGGGUGUUCUUCUUCAUCAUCUCAACAUUGCAGUCACUGUAAUCUCAUUCUUUGCGUUCUCCACUGUGAUCAGAGGCGUUCCGGAUACAAAUAUAUCGAGUGUUCUGUGCAACCAAGGUGUGUAUACUUCUGGUGAUCCUUUUGCUAUAAGCCUUGCCUAUAUUCUUCAAGAACUGGAGACUGCAACAUCAGCACAGAAGAACUAUGAUUACUAUGACAUAUCUCCAUACCCUAAUGCUUUUGCUUACGGCCAUGCUUCUUGCAACCCGAAUAUGACGAGCUCAGACUGCACUACUUGCCUCGGUGCUGCGAAAACCGAUAUGUUAGCUACUUGUCAGAGCAAUAUAGGGGGUCGUGCUGUUCUCGGUGACUGUUCAAUCAGGUAUGAGCAAUACCCUUUCACUGAAUGA